GGUAUUCAAUGUUUGCGGAAGCUGUGACGCCGUUGCCCGCGCGCUGCGAUUUUGGACGACGCGUUUAGCUGAAAAUGUGAGUUACGAACUGGAGGCUGACAUGAGCCCAUCGAAGCGGCUCCGCACCACAGAAAAUGAAGCAGAAGCAGCGACAGGAAGUCGGGAGAAGGAGAGGGGAGCAUUGGAUGUGAGUGUUACCAUGCCAAUGUACAACGCCUCCAGUUGGCUGGAUGAAGGCCUGCAGGCCAUAUUACACCAAGACUUCUUGGGAACCAUGGAGCUCUCUGUCUUUGACGAUGCAAGCACUGAUGACUCCAGGAAAGUGGUGGAGGGUUGGAGGGAGCGACUGGAGGCGAGGGGCAUCUCAGUGGUGAUCUCCGGCCACAACUCGGCCCAACCCAGAGGAGUGGGAUAUGCAAAGAAUAAGGCAAUAACUCAGAGCUGUGGACAAUAUUUGUGCUUUCAGGAUGCGGAUGACGUUAUGUUGCCCCAGAGAGUUCGUCUGCAGUAUGAGGCGUCUUUCCUCCACCCAAACACUCUGAUUGGCUGUAAAGUUCAGAGGGUUCCGGAGGGAUCGACUGAGCGUUACACUCGCUGGAUCAACACAAUCUCUCAGGAUCAGCUCAUCACGCAGGUGUACACGUCUCAUGGGCCCACAGUCGUCAUGCCGACAUGGUUCUGCUCAAGGAACUGGUACCUGAAGGUUGGACCGUUUGACGAGGGAGGCAAGGGAGUCCCCGAGGACUUGCUCUUCUUCUACCAGAGUCUCCGUCAGGGAGGGAGCGUGGCCAGGGUCGAUCAGUGCCUGCUGGUGUACCGUUACCAUGAGAAGGCCACCACUCACUCCGUUACAGAGGAAACCAUUUGGAAGCUGCGAGUGGACUUCCUGCAGGAGCGAGUUCUCAGCCAAUGGGAGAGCUUCACCAUAUGGAACGCCGGGAAACAGGGCCGGAAGCUGUACCGAAGCCUGAGCUCGACCAAUCAGGAGAAGGUGAAAGCUUUCUGUGAUGUCGAUGAGAACAAGAUCCAGAAAGGCUUUUACACAUAUGAGGAAUCCAAGCAAAGACCGAAGCCCAAAAUCCCCGUUCUGCACUACAAAGAUGCCUCCGCUCCAUUCAUUAUCUGUGUCAAACUGGACAUGACAGGAGGCGUUCUGGAGGAAAAUCUCAACUCUUUGCUGCUAAAAGAAGGAACAGAUUUCUACCAUUUCAACUGACUGCUCAGAGAGACGGAGGCAACAAGAGGAGCCCUGCAGCUUUAACAGGCUGAGAGGAAAGCACACGAACUGAGGGAGAGGCAGGUGAUGAUACAGAGUGAGCUGAACACUGGGACACGGUCAAUGACAACAGCAAGACCAGGGAAAGAGAACGUUAAUAUGGAUUUCAAGUGUUAAAAGAUGCGUUUUGUGUGGGGGGAAAAUUAAAGUUCUCAAAGUUGCAAGAUCUGCUGCAUUAACAUUGUUAUUUAUGGUGGGUGGGACUUAUUAAUGAUGUAUGUGAAAUAAUACAUAAUUAAUUAGGAAAAUAUUAAUGACAUUCUCCAAAAUGUGAACAGAUGAGCAGAUUAGAGUUGCUGCUUCAUUUUUCAUCAGGCAAGUGAGAAACGCUGUCCGUAUUUCAGUAUGAGGAACGGCUGCGGAACUUCAUUGAUUAAAUAUUUAGUUUCUAU